AUGGGCCCCAUGCGCCGUGCGCGCCCGCCCUUGGCACAGCUCGGGCUGUGGUGGCUCCUUCUGAUUCCAGCAGCGCCCGCGCAGCGCGGCCCGCGCGUCCAGGCCGAGGACCGGCUCUUCAGGCACCUGUUCGGCGGCUACAACCGCUUGGCACGGCCGGUGCCCCGCACCUCCGACGUGGUGAUCGUGCGCUUCGGGCUGUCCAUCGCCCAGCUCAUCGACGUGGAUGAGAAGAACCAGAUGAUGACCAUCAACGUCUGGCUAAAGCAGGAGUGGGAUGACUACAAGCUGCGCUGGAACCCCGCCGAUUUCGGGAACAUCACAUCCCUGCGGGUCCCCUCGGAGAUGAUCUGGAUCCCCGACAUUGUCCUCUACAACAACGCAGAUGGGGAGUUUGCGGUGACCCACAUGACCAAGGCGCACCUCUUGUCCUCCGGCACCGUGCGCUGGACGCCGCCCGCCAUCUACAAGAGCUCCUGCAGCAUCGAUGUCACCUUCUUCCCCUUCGACCAGCAGAACUGCAAGAUGAAGUUCGGCUCCUGGACCUACGACAAGGCCAAGAUCGACCUGGAGCAGAUGGAGCAGACGGUGGACCUGAGGGACUACUGGGAGAGCGGCGAGUGGGCCAUCGUCAAUGCCACGGGCACCUACAACUCCAAGAAGUACAACUGCUGCGUGGAGGUGUACCCCGACGUCACCUACUACUUCGUCAUCCGGCGCCUGCCGCUCUUCUACACCAUCAACCUCAUCGUGCCCUGCCUGCUCAUCUCCUGCCUCACCGUGCUGGUCUUCUACCUGCCCUCCGACUGCGGCGAGAAGAUCACGCUCUGCAUCUCCGUGCUGCUCUCGCUCACCGUCUUCCUGCUGCUCAUCACCGAGAUCAUCCCGUCCACCUCGCUGGUCAUCCCGCUCAUCGGCGAGUACCUGCUCUUCACCAUGAUCUUCGUCACGCUGUCCAUCGUCAUCACGGUCUUCGUGCUCAACGUCCACCACCGCUCCCCCGGCACCCACAGCAUGCCCCGCUGGGUGCGGGCGGCCUUUCUGAGCCGUGUGCCCCGCUGGCUGCUGAUGAGCCGCCCCCCGCCACCCCUGGAGCUCCUGGACCCCCCAGACCUGAAGCUCAGCCCCUCCUGUCGCUGGCUGGAGACCUGCGUGGAUGCGGAGGAGCAGGGGCGGGAAGAGGAGGAAGCGGAUGGGUGGGUGCGUGCGGGUGGCUCUCCCCGCUCCACCGGUGUCCUUUACAGCCACGAGGGGCUGCACCGAGGGGCCUCGGGCCCCCAGGAGGAGGCCCCGUUGCAGGAGAGUGGGGUGCUGCUCUCACCCCACAUCCAGAAGGCCCUGGAAGGCGUGCAUUACAUUGCCGAUCACCUGCGGUCUGAGGAUGCUGACUCUUCGGUGAGGGAAGACUGGAAGUACGUGGCCAUGGUCAUCGACAGGAUCUUCCUCUGGCUGUUCAUCAUCGUCUGCGUCCUGGGGACCGUCGGGCUUUUCCUCCCACCCUUCCUGGCCGGAAUGAUCUGA